AUGACUAUUAACGGGAUAUGGGAGUGGGCAAACCACGUGUCACAAAAAGUUGCAUUGGAGACUCUUCGCGAUAAAGUUUUAGCUAUUGACGGACACAUCUGGCUUUACGAAAGUUUGAAAGGCUGCGAAACUCACCAUCAACAAACUCCUAACAGCUAUCUAAUCACGUUUUUCACCAGAAUUCAACGCUUGCGGGAGCUCAAAAUCAUUCCAAUUGUUGUGUUUGACAGCAUCAGUUCGUCUUCAGCAGCUCACGAAGCAGCCGAUCAAGACGAAUUUGUGCCCAGAAAACGACGAAGCUUUGGAGAUUCCCCGUUCACUAAUCUGGCAGAUCACGUUAUUAAAACUAACUCGCUCCUCUCUCACUUUGGAGUGAAAGUCAUAAUCGCCCCAGGCGACGGCGAGGCUCAAUGUGCACGUUUGGAGGAACUUGGAGUGGUUUCCGGUUGUAUAACAACAGAUUUCGACUACUUUUUAUUCGGCGGAAAGAACCUGUAUCGCUUUGAUUUCUCUGCCACUACGAUGCUUUCUGGUGCACGUCUUCACGAUGUCACUCACUUGUCGCUGGGUCGAAUGAAUAUCGAAAAAAAAGUCGCUCGCCCUCACUUAAUCGCUACUGCAAUUCUCUUGGGAUGUGAUUACUAUCAACGAGGAGUACAGAAUAUUGGAAUAAUCACAGUUUUCGAUAUACUCGCAGAGUUCGGCGAUAAUGGGUGUAAAGAAACCGAUCCACAAGUGAUUUUGGAUAGAUUUUCUUCCUACGUUCGCAGAGAAAUACCUGCAAGAUCUGAAGACAGUUCUCGGAAGCUGCGCCUUCGCGGAAAAAAAUUCAACUUCCCAGACGGGUUUCCCAACUGCACAGCUAUUGGAAACGCCAUUAAAAUGUACAUGCAACCUGCAGUUUCCAAUCAGAUUCCCAGAAUUACAUCACAAAUUACUAAUUUUCAAAAAGUAGAGGAAAUUUUGGUGAAAGAGUGCGGUUGGUCACCCCAGAGAUUACAGCGAGAAGUAACGACGAGUAUGACAAGAAGCAGAAACGUAUUGAAUAUAGUGACUCAGUCACAUAUCAAUGAGUUCUUUCCCACCACAAGAACUAAAACUCAAAACUUCUCACCAAUCGUCGAACCAUGCAUAUCGGCUGACGACUACAUAUCCGCUAACAAUAAUUGGAUGAGAAAACGUAAAAGAAUGGACAGUGACUCUCCAAAUGUUGUUCCAAAGAAACCGGUUACUGCAAACAGAAAACGGACUAUCAGAAUACGCGCUCCCCCUCCAACAAAACCAUAUCACGAUAAUAAUGUCAUUACUCUCGACGAAGACUCGGAUUAA